AUGCUCGAGAAAAUUGGAACUCCUGAAGCUCUUGAUCUCCGUGGGAAGGCUGCAAAUGCUCAAGCAGCUCUAGCCUACCAGGUCUACCAGAAAAAGUUCUCUGGUCCAAGAUGGGAGGCUUUGGUGAAGAAAGGUGCCAAGAAGCAAAGGCUGCUGUGGGCUUCAACCAGUGUGAAGAAUCCGGCAUACCCUGAUACUUUAUACGUGGCACCUCUCAUUGGACCUGACACGGUAUCCACCAUGCCGGAUCAAGCUCUUCAAGCAUUCAUUGACCAUGGUACUGUCGGAAGGACGAUUGACGCAAAUGUGUCCGAAGCAGAGGGUAUUUAUAGUGCCUUGGAGAAGUUGGGAAUCGCGUGGAGCUACGUGGGUUCUCAACUUGAGCUUGAGGGAGUGGAUUCUUUUAAGAAGAGCUUUGACAGCUUGCUUGACAGUCUGCAAGAGAAGGCAAAUUCUCUCAAUCUAGUGAGCCUGAUGGGAGAAAAUAUUACUGCUAGUAAUAGAAAUCAGAAUGGAAACAGACGACAAAGAGGGAGACCAAAUAGUAAUGGUCCAACUGCAGUUGCAACCCCGGACUCAGUGUGA